CCUCGAUAUAAUGAUAAGUAAAAAUGAUAACGUGGUUAGGUCCACGAUCAAAUUCAAAGCCAGUUUUUGUUUAGUACAUCCAAAAUAAUGUUAUAUUUUUACACCACAAUGAGGAUUUCAAUUUUCAUCUGGCUUCAACUGACAGACAUUUUCUCAACGCAAGAAAUACGUUUGCAAAACGACAUCACACAGCAAUUAAACGCGUGGAUUCCCAGCAUAUUUGAAAUAAACGACAAAAAUGCCACAGAUAUAAUCUGCAUCUCACUAAACCGCCACAGACUGAAGAGAUUCGAGGACUUGCACACAAAAUUCUACUUCGUGAAUAUUUAUUUUCACAUAAAACAUAAAAAAAACAAAGCUUCGCAAAUUCUUUGGAAAUUCCAAGAAAACAAUAUUAUGGCAUUUUUCGAAAAACUCAACUUCGAAAUGAAUCUACGAGCAAAGGUCCCAUUGGGGAAUAGCACGAUAAUUUCAGAUGCUAAUAUAUACCCUACAUUCAAUAAUUUCACAUUCACCGCUAUCGCCUCGUACACAGAUGACGAUUCCAAAAUCACCUACAAUAUCAGUAAUAUCACACACAGCGGUAUCGACAGCUGGCAACAGAAUGAAUGGUGGAAUCCAGAUCUGACAAAUCCGGACAAAAACCAACUCGAGGUAGAAAUCAAACGAGCUGCGCCAACUAUUUUACAACAAAUUCUAAACAAUAACCAAAAUUUCUCUGGCAAACUUGAUGAAAUUUUCCAAGUAUACGAGAAGUCCAGAAAAGAAAUAAUAUCGACGUAUGCGGAUUUCUCGAACAACUCGCAAAAGUAUUUUUACCACAUACCGCAAAUUCCUUUAUUCUGUUUCACCCUAAAACAUAUCGUUAUCAGUGGUCUGACGAAUUUCGAAUCGUAUGAAGUUGGUAGAGGGAUCUCUGGAAAUUUCGUACAUAGCUUGCUCGUGAGAAACAUUCAAGGGACAUUGAGUUUGGAUUACGGAUUUGAAAACGAACCAGAUUUAGACCUGCGUUUCCAAAUCGAUCGCUUUACUUUAUCAAAAAAACAUGGAACUGCAGAUGACGUUCAUGGGCAGGCUAAAUAUUACAAAGUAACCAGAACAAAAUCGAACAUCUUGUUGAGUGAUCGUCAUUCGGAAGUGAUUAUGAAUAGAUUGGAAUCAGCUUUGGCUACUGCAUUAUUAUCAUUAAAUAAAGCUUGGAAGGCAUGUGAUAUUGAAUGCGAAAUUGGCCAAAUUGAAAUUACAAAUUCAUCUGACUGGAGAACAAUUGUGGAAAAAUAUAGUGAUUGGAUUCCAUUUAAUCAGGUUGAUGAAACUUUAAAAUAAUCGUUUUCGAGGUAGAGAAUUUUCUAUAUCGUGUUCAAGUUUGAAUAAUUUCGUUAAAUUAUUUUGUAUUAUUUUACGUAUUUGCGUAUUUAUUAUUGUUUUUAUAAAAUUUUUCAAUUUCUUACAACUUAAUAUCGUUUACGAAAUAAAUUUAGUUUGAUAUCCUU